ACCACCUAGAGGAUACGGUGGAUCAUACGGUAGCGAUAUGCCCUGCCUGGGGGAAGUGAUCGGCAGCGGCGACCUCUCGCGCCCGGCCUUAGUCGAGGCCAUGGUGCGGAGUGAGAGGAACUGGGACGCCGUCUCCUCCUUUUGUGAAGCAGUCAUGCUCGUAAAGAGAGAGGCGGCCCGCGUGAGGGAGCAAUCCUCCUCCUCACACCCUAGCCGCCCUAACUGGCGACACUACGGGCGUCGGGGAUCAAAGGACGAUCUCCGGCCACCGUAAGCACGGGUCUGCGGUCGGCGAGUAAGGGCAGCUCGCCGCCCGACCAGAACCAGGCCCGAGCGUAGGUACAGCGCGUAGCGUUCCGCGCGCGCCUCAAAGAGCCAAUAGACCACCACAGACGGGG